UUGUUGUUCCAAGGUUGCUCCUUGAUGAUUGUGUAUGCCUCUAGUGUUUACUAGAGAGGAGAACUUGUUGUACCCACUUGAUUCUUGGUGAUUAGUGGAAGUUUGGGAGCCGUUGUUGAGCGGCCGUGGUUUUCUCCCCGAUUUGGGGUUUCCACGUAAAUCGUGUGUCAUCUACUUUAUUAUCGCUGCCAUUUAUUUGUGUGUGUGCUGCUGAUUUUUCAGAGUUUAUUGUGCUUGUUAUUCAUCUCAUUAAUUUGGGGAAAAGAUUUUAUACGCUUCCGUUGUGUUUUGUUCCGUGCUUCCCCUACAUAAUAUGCAAUUGAUCUUGGCAGGGAAUGCUACCAAUUCAUGUCUGCAAGGCCAUGGCAAAAAGUUGUUGAAUUUUAUUCAGAAAUGGUGAAAGGGCAGUCAAAAUUGGAAGAUAUGUUUCAAAGAGAGAUUCCUACCAUUCAAGAUGAAGCAGAAGCUAAAGAAUAUUCUGUGGAACCUGAGUUGGGUAGCUUUCCAGUUGAAGAUAGGACUGGAAGAUGGGCAAGAGUGACAUUUAAGAUUGUCCUAUCAUAUCAUGGGCCCUCCUUUGGUGGCUGGCAGAAGCAGCCUGGUUUGAAUACUGUUCAGGAGAUGGUUGAAAGAUCUCUUGGGAAAUUUGUCGAUGACAAAAAAGCUCAACAACUAAAGGAUAGGAACUUACCAUUAGAAGGCUGUGCUUUAGUUGCUGGGCGCACUGAUAAGGGGGUUUCAGCCUUCCAACAAGUCUGUUCUUUCUGUAUGUUCCUCUAUGUUUCAUGUCUGUUCAAUUGUUCAAUAUCACUCCCUCUAUUUACUUUUUUUUUCUCGCCCAAAAUCCAUUUGCCUGCCUAUGACCUUGUGUGAAUAACAUUAAGUCUGACCUUUGUUUUUGCUUCAUUUUAUCUUAACAUUUAACAUCUAGCAUCAAGAGGAUGUGUUUUUGACACCUUAGUUUGAAGUGUUGUGAUAAGUUGGGUAUUCCCUUUGUUGUCUCAAAUUGUAAGAUGCACAUGUGUUUGACACAACCCUUUAAGGAAUCAGUCAAAUCACAUUAUACAUUAUUACGGAGUACUUUUUAAAGCUCACCUAUUUGACAUAGUGAAAUGUUGAAAGUAGAUUAAUGAUAAUUGGGAAAAUUUAUAGAAGUCAGUGGUUUUUGAGUUAGAAAAAUGAAAAUUAUUUUGGGACAAUUGAAAAGGCAAAGUAGAUCUAACUCAUCUAAGAAAAUGAGGUGGAGGGAGUAUUGGUUGUAUUUUCUAUGAAAUGAAAUUUUGGUCUUAAU